AUGUUGUUGAGUACGAUGGUAUGGGCGAAGCAGCCAGAGGCGUCUCCAGAGGCCGUAGACCAACAUGCACAAACAGAGGCCAAACAGACAUGGUCCACGUCUAUCAACGUCUCGACACACAUCGACGCUCUCUACAAAAUGUCCUCGCUCUCAAUCAUGUUCCCGUCGAAGAAGGAGGAAGAGAGCGGCCUCAGCUCCUACUAUAAUAACAAGACCACCAUAAUACAGGAGGCUCGCGUCUUCAAUGAUUCGCCAAUUAGUCCACGGAAGUGCAGGGCACUUUUGACACGCAUCGUAUACCUCCUUUACAUAGGGGAGACGUUUGGGACGCAGGAGGCUACGACACUGUUCUUUGGAACUACGAAGCUCUUCCAGCAUAAGGACAGCGCACUCCGUCAGGCGGUGUACUUGGCCAUCAAAGAACUCGCGACGACGGCGGAAGAUGUAAUCAUGGUCACAAGCAGCAUAAUGAAGGACAUGCAGCCGAAUUCUGAAGUGAUAUACCGACCAAAUGCAAUUAGGGCACUAUGCAGAAUCAUUGAUCCGUCAAUGGCGCAAGGUGUCGAGCGGUUCUUCAAGGCCGCGAUUGUUGACCGGAAUCCAUCCAUCUCAUCCGCUGCGCUCGUCUCCGCGUACCAUCUCUACCCACACGCCAAGGAUGUCGUGAAGCGCUGGGUGAACGAAGCGCAAGAGGCCGUAAAUGCUAAAUCCUCGUCAAGUUUCUUCGGCUCUGGUUCAGGAAGUGGUUACCUUGGAUUUGGCUCUUCUGCCCCCAGUGGUCCUCAGACGAUUCCUUCCACGAGCUAUGUUACGCAGUACCAUGCCCUCGGUCUCCUGUACUUGAUUCGCCAACAAGACAGGAUGGCUGUUACCAAAAUGAUCCAACAACUUGGCGGUGGUAAAUCUGGUAGUGGCACCACGCUCAAGAACCCGAUGGCUCUUUGCAUGCUCAUCCGUUACGCGGCAAAGGUCAUUGAAGAGGAUCCUAAUACUCAACGGCAAAUGGUAGAACUCCUCGAAGGCUGGUUACGACACAAGAGCGACAUGGUCAACUUCGAAGCCGCUCGCGCUAUCUGCGAAAUGAAGCACGUUACACCGGCGCAACUCACGAAGUCUAUCUCAGUCCUUCAAUUGUUCUUGUCCUCGCCGAAAUCUGUUCUGAAAUUUGCCGCAACACGGACGCUCGCUGCUCUUGCUCUUACCCAUCCAUCUAGCGUUUCGACGUGUAACGUUGAUCUUGAAGCACUCAUUGCUGAUUCAAAUCGCAGUGUCGCGACCUAUGCCAUCACCACACUGCUUAAAACCGGUAACGAAGCCUCAGUGGAUCGGCUCAUCAAACAAAUUACUGGAUUCAUGGCAGAAAUCAGCGACGAAUUCAAGGUCAUCAUUGUCGACGCGAUCCGUUCCUUGUGCCUCAAGUUCCCCACAAAACACGCAUCAAUGCUGUCAUUCUUGUCUGGUGUUCUUCGCGACGAAGGCGGCUACGAUUUCAAGCGUGCUGUGGUGGAGGCGAUGUUUGACAUGAUCAAGUUCAUUGGCGAAUGCAAAGAACAGGCUCUAUCCCAUCUAUGCGAGUUCAUCGAAGAUUGUGAAUUCACGAAGCUCUCGGUUCGCAUCUUGCAUCUUCUCGGUAUGGAAGGCCCUAAAUCCCCCCAACCGGCAAAAUACAUCCGUUUCAUCUACAAUCGUGUCGUGUUGGAGAAUGCGACCGUUCGAGCCGCGGCCGUCUCUAGCUUGGCUAAAUUUGGCGUCAACUCUGGUGAUGGUGGCCUUCGGACCAGCAUUGGGGUUCUCCUUAACAGAUGCCUAGACGAUGUCGAUGAUGAAGUACGCGAUAGAGCUGCUCUAUACCUGAAGGUCUUCCGUGAACAAACUCUCGCAGAUGUUUAUGUCAAGGAAGAGUCCGUUUAUUCCCUGGCAGCGCUGGAAGCGAAGCUCGUUACCUACGUCAAAGAUCCAUUAGCUUCGGGCGAAGCGUUUGACGUUUCCUCAGUACCCAAAAUUAGUCGGGCUCAGGCCGCCCAGGAAGCUGCACGACCGAGUACGCUGGAUACGAUUGGCAUACCCACUUCGAAGGCUUCGACUUCUGAUUCACCCGCGCCACCAACACAAGCUGAGCGCCAGUCGGCUUACGCAGAACAGUUGGCUGAAGUGCCGGAAUUGUCUUCAUAUGGACCUGUCCUCAACAGCAGCUCGACGCCAGCGCAGUUGACAGAAAGCGAAACAGAGUACCAGGUUACAUGCGUGAAGCAUAUCUUCAAGGAGCAUAUCGUCUUCCAAUUCAAUAUAUCGAACACGCUUCCGGACACAGUGCUUGAAGGCGUGUCUGUGUUUAUGCAACCUCAGUCAGACGACGCAGGGCUGACAGAAGAUUUCAUCAUCCCCCUUCCAUCACUGACUGCCGCCACUUCACCUGGAAUCGUCUACGUAUCCUUCACACGCGAAUCACCCGAGACCUACACCAUCGCAUCAUUCCAAUGUACGCUCAAAUUCGUGAGCAAGGAACUCGAUCCAUCAACAGGCGAACCCGAAGAGGAGGGUUACGAAGAUGAAUACCAAUUAGAGGAGGUCGAGCUUAGUGCUGGCGGCGAUUACAUUGUGCCCAGCUACGCAACAUUUGGUGCUGAAUGGGACAGACUUAAGUCCGGACCCAACGCCACUGAAACAUUUGCCUUAUCUGCUAUGGAAAGCAUCAAAGCCGCCUGUGAUUCUAUCAUUGAGGUUCUGGGUAUGGAGCCCUUGGGUGGGACAGAAAAUCCUGCGCCGUCAUCCGUUCACACACUACAGCUUUCCGGGUUGGUCGCAGGUGGAGGAGGCAAGGUUCUCGCUCGGUGUCGGAUGACAUUCUCCAGUGGCCAGGGAGUGACAUUGGAGCUGGCUGUUCGUGCGGAGAAGCAAGAAGCCUGCGAUCUGGUGCUUGCAGCUGUAGGGGGCUGA